CUUGUCUUGAAUUUUGCUAGUUUUAAUCCUUAAUUAGGGUUUAAACCUGGUUUUAUUUUUUUUUCUUCUUAAUUCCUUCUUGUGCUUUUUCUUAGUUUGUCAGUUCAGAUCAUUGAAUUGAACUUUCAAAUCUUUAAUGAAGGAUACCCUUUUGUUAAUGCUUUAUUUUAUAAUUUAUAGAAAAAUAAAAUUACCCUCUUGGGAAAUGAUUUAUCUUUUUGUUAUUGUAGUGAAGAAACAGAAAUUUGAGACUUUGAACUUGAAUAAGCCUUUUUUUUCUUCUCAAAAUCUUUCAUGGGAAAGAGCAUGGCAGCCGGAGAAGAUGUUGAUUUGUCAAAUUUGAAGUCCCAACUAAAUGACACUCAUGAAAUAUGGAAGCAGGAGAUGGAAAGACGACAAUCCCAAGUGGAUGUGUUGCAAGCAAAGCUUAUGGAGGUAAAAGCUUGUAUCCAGGGGUCUGAGGAAGACGCAAAGAAGGAGUUGGAAGUCCUUUGGCGGAGAGUGAAAACCACUGCAACAUUAUUGACCUACCUGAAAUCAAAAGCCAGAAUCAUGGCUGUUCCUGAUUUAGCUCAUACAUCAUGUGGUAUUAAACAAUUAGAGGGAGUGGGACUUAUAGAUAGGGAUGGUACACCUCUUUCUAGUUGGUCUAGAAAUGUUGAUCUUUCUUCAUUUGACAGUCCAGAUGAAGAAACAUGGAUCAGACUUAGUGAGCAGCAAGGUAGCUUCGAUGAACAGGAUGAAGCUUAUAUUGGUGAAUUACUGAAGUCUGUGCAAAUGGUAACAGAUGUAAUGGAAGCUCUUGUUAAGAGGGUUAUAAUGGCAGAAUCUGAAACUGCAAUCGAGAAAGAGAAGGUAACCUUAGGUCAGGAAGAAAUUAAGAAGAAGGCAAUCCAAAUUGAGAGCAUGUCUUCAAAAUUAGAAGAGAUGGAGCAAUUUGCUCUUGGUACAAAUGGUAUUCUGAGUGAGAUGCGGCAGAGAGUCGAAGACUUGGUCGAAGAAACAUCUAGACAGAGGCAAAGAGCUGCAGAAAAUGAACAGGAGCUUUGCCGCGUUAAAAGGGACUUUGAGUCACUGAAAUCAUAUGUUAGCAGUCUAAUUAGUGUAAGAGAAACACUUCUUUCUUCAGAGAAGCAAUUUCAAACUAUUGAGAGGCUCUUUGAACGGCUAGUUGCAAAGACAAGUCAAUUGGAAGGUGAGAAAAUGCAGAAAGAGGCUGAGGUUCAGAAACUUAUGGAAGAGAAUGUGAGGUUGACUGCUCUUCUUGACAAGAAAGAGGCUCAACUUCUGGCCAUGAAUGAACAGUGCAAAGUAAUGGCUCUGAGUGCCUCAAAUAUAUAAGUUGCUGGGAUUAUCUUGUUCUACCUUCUGGUGGCUUGCGGUGGAUGGUUGCUUCAUUCAAGCGCAGUUGCCAAUUCGCCAGAGAAGAUCUGGAAUUGAGGAAUGCUGAAGUGUAGAACUUCGCAGAUCCUUUAUGCAAAUUUUAACAUUGUGAAGAGCAUGGAGAGCAUGUUUACUAUUACCAUUCUUGUGCUGUUGGUAAAGCCAAGCCAGAAAGCAUAAAACAAAGAGUUGUGCUGUGUGAAUUCCGAUUUGUAUUAUUAAUCAAAUAGCUGUUGAGUUAUGCAUCUUUGCUGUAAUUGUCUGGGAUCAAUUCUAUUUCACAUCAAAUGACCUAUCCUCAUUAACAAAGUCAGAUUUUUGAUA